UUUGUAAAAACGGAUAGCUACGUCACGUUGACGCAUGACAUAUUACAUCACUCUGUUCCCGUGCACGCUGACGGUCACGCGUACUUCCUCUCAGCCGGCGAAAAGAGACAGCUUUACACCAGCGUGCGGCUCAAAACUUCCGAAACAGCCGAGAUGACCGCCGUGGAGUACGAAGACAAUGAAUCCAAGUUUAUCAGAAAAGCCAAAGAGAAUCCGUUUGUCCCCGCAGGGAUGGCUGGCUUCUUUGCCAUUGUGGCGUACAGACUGUUUAAGCUGAAGAACAGAGGAGACACGAAGAUGUCGGUCCACCUGAUUCACAUGCGUGUCGCCGCGCAGGGCUUUGUGGUGGGAGCCAUGACUUUAGGGGUGAUCUAUUCGAUGUACACGGAGUAUUUUCUCAAACCUCGAGAAGCGCAGAAGGCAUUAGAGCAGAAGGCGCUGGAAAAAAAGUGAAGAGAGCUGCUGCGUUUGAUUCCUGCUGUAUCCUUAAUAUAAGGUGUCCCCUUGUAUUUAUUGCUAACAUAAUUAGGAUUUUUUUAAAAAUAAUUUUUAAUAAACCUCUGUUAAAGAGGUUAGUGUUUUCAUGUGUUGUCGGGCAUGUUUAAGAAACGCUGUACAGUAUGUGAUCGAAUUGUAGCUGCUUUGCUGCCGCCAACUACUAUUUAUUUAUCAUAUCAGUAACAAACUGAUGAAAACAACCUAAAGCGUUUUUCUUUUGGUUUUUGAAAAUAUUCAUACGCGUGUAAUUUGGACAAAAAGCUGCUGCUCUGGUUUCCAGACCUUCGCUCCUUCUAAAGAGAGAUUAAUCUCAUACCGUUUAUGUCAGAAAGAAAUUCCAGAACAAACGUAACAAACAUUUUACAUCGUGGGGACUUGACCGCUGCUAAAUGAUUAAUGGUACUGGUUCAGAUGCAGCGCUGUCGAACAGGAUAUUCAGGAGUUGAAGCAACUUUUAAGUCUUUUUUUUGUUAAGUUGGCGCGAGUGUCAUGAGGAAUGAGAGGAGCUCGUUCUUUUGUAGAUUUAUCAAUCGAUUGUGUUGCCGUGUGAGGUAAUUAUUGCACCUUUUUUCAUAUUUAAAAAAAAAACAACACACAAAUUGUACUUUCAGAGCGAUAUAUAUAUAUAUAUAUAUAUAUAUAUUUUGAGGAUCUCACUGUGUUUAUCUUUGCCUAUAAAAACCAUUGUAAUGCCAAUAAACACUUCUGGUUAUUUCACA